AUGAGACGGCUCCUGUCGGUGGCACUGGCGCUGGCCGCCCUGGUCGUCCAGGCGGCAAGCCACCACGAGAUUGAUUUCACCGUCUGCGAGGACGCCCCAUUCGUGCCCAGCUCGGUGACCCUGGACCCAUAUCCGCCGCACCCCGGCUCGGAGAUCGUCCUCCAGAUCGAGGGGGUGGCAGACCACACAAUGGAAGGUGGAGAGUUCUAUGCCGAUGUCACCUUGGUUGUGUACCACCAUCACAUACCCAUGUACAAGGAGAAGAAGGAUCUGUGCAGGCAGACAGCCUGCCCGAUCGACGAGGGCAACGUGACUUUCACAUAUGACAAGGUUCUGCCUCCGGCUGUCCCUGCGGGGUUGUACAAUGUGAACUUGCAAGCAGAAGACCUGGAUGGGAACCUGGAGAUGUGUCUGGACUUGAGCUUUCACAUCACAUACUUUACAGAAGUGUGA